AUGCAGAGAGAGAGAGAGAGAGAAGCUCUUCUAAGCUUCAAGAAUGGCCUCAUCGAUGAGUACGACAAUCUCUUAUCAUGGAGAAGCGACGAUUGCUGCAAAUGGCAUGGUGUUGAGUGCAGCAACACCACUGGCCAUAUCAUCACCCUCCAACUCGACCAUGUAAAUUUGAGGGGAGAUGCAGAAGUGAGAUGCAUAGAGAGUGAGAGAGAAGCUCUUCUAAGCUUCAAGAAUGGCCUCAUCGAUGAGCGUGGCCAACUCCCCGAGCUUCAAGUUCUUGAUCUUUCUCAUAAUUCUUUGGAGGGUUUAGUUCCUCAAAGCUUUAGCCAACUCUCGAAGCUUCAAAACUUAGUUGCACUGCAGAUGCAUGGUAAUAAUUUAUCUGGUGAAUUGCCUCACAGUUUGAGAGUGUGCCAGAAAUUGAGAUUCAUGGAUGUUGGAGGGAACAAGUUAACAGGAGAGAUCCCAACUUGGAUUGGCCAGAUGUAUAAAAUGCAAUUUCUUAAUCUUCGUGGAAAUAAAUUUCAUGGCAGUAUUCCUUCCCAGAUAUGCAAUCUUACUGAUAUUCAAGUUGUGGAUCUGUCCAUAAAUAACUUGGUCUCAAUAAUACCUAAUUGCUUCAACAAUUUUACUCAACUUCAAAGCUUCGGUGCAUCCACUUAUGCCGGGAAUGAUGGACGUUGUGGCGACCCUCUGCCUAAGUGCCCCGAAGAUAGCUCGAGGCCAUCCAUCUCUAAUCCAGGAGGAAGCAUGAAAGAGAAACACCACAACAACUUCUCAUUUAUGGAAGAAGUUGGCAUAUCAAUGACCUUUGGUUUUAUCUUUGGAUUUUGGGGAGUUUUUGGUUCAUUCUUACUAAAGAAAUCAUGGAGAAUUGCAUUCUUUAACUUGUUUGAUGAUGCUGGAGAUUGGUUCUACGUCAAGAUUGUUGUGUUUGUAUCCAAAUGGAAAUAA